CCCUCGCUGGCUGUCGCCUCGGCGUGCAGGGCCCGGCCGCCGCCAUGUCGGGCCCGUUCGAGCUCUCGGUGCAGGAUCUCAACGACCUGCUCUCGGACGGCAGCGGCUGCUACAGCCUCCCGAGCCAGCCCUGCAACGAGGUCACCCCCAGGAUCUACGUUGGCAACGCGUCUGUGGCUCAAGACAUCCCUAAGCUGCAGAAACUGGGCAUCACCCACGUUCUGAACGCUGCUGAGGGCAGGUCCUUCAUGCAUGUCAACACCAAUGCCAACUUCUACAAGGACUCUGGCAUCACCUACCUGGGCAUCAAGGCCAACGACACGCAGGAGUUCAACCUUAGCGCCUACUUUGAAAGGGCUGCAGACUUCAUUGACCAGGCCUUGGUUCAAAAGAACGGCCGUGUGCUGGUCCAUUGCCGUGAAGGUUACAGCCGCUCCCCAACUCUAGUUAUCGCGUACCUCAUGAUGCGUCAGAAGAUGGAUGUCAAGUCUGCCCUGAGCAUCGUGAGGCAGAACCGUGAGAUCGGCCCCAACGAUGGUUUCCUGGCCCAGCUUUGCCAGCUCAAUGACAGACUAGUCAGGGAGGGGAAAUUGAAACUCUAGGGCACCCCCAUCGCCUCUCCUCUAGAAGUUGGACAGGAGAGGCCGUGGUUGAGGUGUCCCAAGCUGCCAUGUUUAGGAAAAACAGUGUACCCUGCUCCCAGCAUCACCAGGCACUUGCCCACCAAUCUGUCCCAACACAACCCUGGGCCUCUUUCCCCCUGGGGAGCAUAUAAAGCGACUUGCUAAGGAGGACAUUCUUGCUUCCUGGUGUGUCCUGUGCCUGCAGUUUAUGGUGUCCUCUCCCUGAGGUGGGAUCGCAGAGGGGAAGACCUGUGACAUGCACACUCUGGAUGACCCGGGGCAGGUCUCUGGAAGUGUGAGGCCUGAGAUGCUCACGGGCCACUCCUGACCUCCCCCACUCCUUAUCCCUGGGUCCUCUCCUGAGUGGGGACAGCAGCACCUCGAGCCUUGUAAAGGAACUAUGCAAACCGGCCCCCGCCUCCGUAUCUGUCUCCCACUGGCUCCUCGAAGCCGCCCACACCCUGCUCACAGGUAGAGGCCCUCCGUGAAGUGUGAAGUGGGGUAGCAGUCAGCUGUUAGUGGGUGGAAGUUCCCACAAAGAGACCACAUUUUAAUUAUUUCCUUAGGAUUAAAGAUACUUAGACACUGGCCUGCAGGUGGGCAAAUUCCCCUGGAGGUCUCUCCUGAAUCAGUAGUUUCUAAAAUGUGAACCCUUGGAAGGCUUGAGUUCCGAGUCCACUGGAAUAUUGCCCCGGGUCUGCUCUCAGUCACUUGGUUUCUAGAAGAGCGAUGUCUUGGGCAUGGUUUAUUUUUCUUUUUUAGAAAACAGGGUGUUGAAGUCCAGCCUAUUUAAAAACCCCACCAUUUAGAGAAUUACAAGGGUUUUGUCCUGAAUUAUAGUGUUGGUGAGCCCAAGCCACUCGUGCUAGCUGCUUUUUGUCUCGGUUGCUAUUCCAAGAGCAGGAGGAGGAAGUUGGCCAAUUACAGCGUGUGUGUGGGUGUGUGUGUGGGGGUGUGUGUCUUAGAAACACAGCCAAAGGACAGACGGGCAGGGAGAUGAACGGUCCCAGGCUCACACCCUGCCCACAUACAGGUAGUUCUUAUGGCUCCCUGGUGCCAGAAAAGAUCCUGGGCCUUUGGGAGCAAAAAAUGACUCAGCCAGGCAGAAAUGAAACAUGACGGAGCGUCCCAAUGGAGGCUUUAUUGGUGACAGAGCAAACAAACAAACAAAAAGAAACAACUCUUUUUAGGAUGGUGUCGGGACAUAGUAGCUCACACGUAUGUGCACAUUUGUCAGAAUAUAGGAUCUUAUUUUCAACACAGUCUUGUUAGGACUUUGCAUGAUCAUCAUCAUGGAAAGUGAUACAAUGCUGUCAUCUUCAGGUUCCCUAAUGGCAGAGAUGUGGUCCUCAGCCAUGUCCCAACACCUAGCCCAUAGGUGUCUGGUAGACGUUGUGGAAUUAAACGUGUUUUUUUUUUUUUGAGCGCCAAAUAUAUGUAGGGUGUUGUUCUGGUGGGUGUAGCAAGCUCCCAGAAUCCUGAAUUUGUGGUAGGAUUACUUGCAAGGAUUUGCAAAGAAGUCUUACCUGAAAUGAAGUAUCAGGGACUUUUGUCAAAUAUUUAACAUUGUUUUAAAUUUAAAUUCAGGCAGUGUUAACAUGUUGAGGUGUGGAAUGUGCCUUUUUCAGUCGACCAGGGACUUCAGGCCAGGAUGGGGAGAAGCAGGCAUGCCUUUGGAACUCACUCACAGGUGUCGUGGUCUCUGUCUCAGCGGGGGCAGCACUGUGCAGCCCGGACGGGCCCCUUGUCUCUGUGACCACAGCAGCCCUGAACAAACUAGGAUCUGUCGUCUUUUUCAGAUACUGGCUGCCCAGAUAGAGCCACCUAAGUGAAAUGGCCAUCCUCUAAACUCUGUACCUCAGUUUUCAAAGAACUCUCCCAUUUAAUCUAACUUGAUCCUCACAAUAACCGUAGUUGGUAGAGAUAUUCAUGUAUUGUUACCUUUAAAAAAAAGGAGCUGGGGUUCAGAGUGAUUAAGGGCAUGACCUCCAGGGUUGCCCAGCUCAAGGCAGAGUUGAGGCAAUAUUUCAGGUUUGCUGCUUUCUGAAGCUGAAGUCUUUCUCUCAUACUACACUCCUCCUCAAGAAAUGAGCCCUCUGGGAGUAUCAAGGUGUGCUGCCACCUGCCCUUGACCCAGCCGUGUGUACAAGGGCCAGUUAGCUUUGUGGACAGAGUACAGCCAUUCAAGCUGUGGUGCCAAGGGAGGUUGGGAUGAGGGUGAGAGAAAGUUGGUACAAAGCCAUCCCUGCUCCAGGAAAAAGAAGUAAAAGAUUGGGUUAGAAUGUGUGACUCUUCUUCCUGGAAGCAUGUAGCAUCCCUGAGUCGGAACUUUCUGCUCCACUUUUGGAAGAGGCUCAGGAUAUGGGGCUCAGGCUCCCCUCCCACACCCACGCAGUGGUCACCCCACAAGACAGCCACCACUACUUAGUCUUUUGAAGGCCUGUUUGUAGGGGUAUGAAGGAGAAAAGGCCAGUGGGAGAAUUACUGCCUUUACUUUGGGACUACUUUUAAGCUGAUAACUUGGGAUUUCUUGAUAGUCUGUAGUCUCAGAAACCCCGUAUUUACUUCACAAGAUUUAGCUCCUAGUUCUUUGAGUAAAUAAAAUCAAAUUCUAUUGUGUAAGAGUCAACACAUGCCUAGCACAAAGUAGAAGCUGUUUCUGGACAGCUUUACCCAUGGGAAGUAAUAUAAUAGGAACUCAGGGUGCCCUCACUCCCUCCUCUGACCUGAUCCAUUUCUUCUCUAUUCUAAAGCAGUACACAUACCAUAGGCUGGUUUGUUUCCCUGCCACUCUGAGUAAAGAGCAGAAAUCACCAUCUGCCAAACGAGGGGACUCAUCUAGAAGACCUCUAAGGUCCCUUUGGCUCUGACACUGUAGGAUUCUCUAAGAAUCCCCACUUGGAAUUGACCACCACCUGGAAAUUAGAGGGUAUGUUAUAAUAUGAUGUCCAGUAGGUGGCGCUGUGUUCCACCCGUGGUGAUGGAUGAUUCGAAAAUGAAUGUUGGUGCCUUUUGUGUCAUAAGUUAAUGUUAAGAGGCUAAUGUUUUAAUCAAAAUAAGCACUGAUCUUAUAAUAAAGAUAUAAGCUUUUCUUGCAGGAAAUUUUCUGUCAUAAAACCGGUGUCAAGUAUUACUGAAGAGCCAACAAUGAUGGUCCUUCCAAGUCAAGAUAUUAUCCUGAUUGGAAUUAGAGGCCAUCUCCGGUUGCGAGAGUAGAUUGGAAGCUUAACUUACCUCCUGUCAGCUUUUAGGGUAAUUUGAUUGUGAAAGUGUGAAUUUUCUGGACAGAAAAGGGGAAGGUAGUAAAUUGUUUUUUAAAAAUAAAUAAGUUUAAUGUCUGUUAUAUCACAAAUCAGUGUUAAAAUACUAAUACUGUAACCAAAAUAAAUGUCUUAU